AUGCCGGCAGCAUAUUUUGCAGAAGAGCUCCUCGAAGCCUAUCCAGAUGCCAAGGUUAUUCUUACCGUCAGAGACGUAGAUAAGUGGCACAAGUCUGUAACAAACACUCUCGAAGUUGUAGACACGAGCAUACUGUGGGCUACCAUCGGCGUCUUGGCCUCGCUGCUGCGGAUGCCCAACCGAUGGAACUGGCCGAUGUUCCAGAAGCUGCAUCAGGUUUUGUACAAUCACGAUUUUCCGGGCAACGGGAAGACAAGCUUCGAGGCGCACUACGCCCGUGUCCGCGCCUUGGUGCCAGCGGAUCGCCUGCUCGAGUACCACGUUAGCGAGGGGUGGGCGCCGCUGUGUGCCUUUCUAGGCCGGCCAGUGCCUGAGGAGUAUGACACGCCAUUUAUCAACCAAACCGCCGCGAUCAACGACAAACUUGUGACGAUGCACAUGGAGAAUUUAAAGGCCCAGGGCAAGAGGGUGCUGGACAUUUGCGCCUACACGGCGCUGACUUGGACCAUGGCGCGAGCCCUAUACAGCCUUGUCGAACGCCAAAGCUGGAUAUUGCAAGUGUGA